UCAUCAAAUAUCAAAACAUGGCCCCUAGCAGGAAGAAGAAAGACUUACUGACAAGUGAAGAGGGCCUGUGUUCAGAGCAAUGGCCAAAUCUUCCCCAGCAGCUACUCAACUUCAUGGGAAGGAAACCUCAUCUGAAGUUGAUCCAAAAUGUAGGCUCUGCUGGUGUCACGAAAUCGUGGAAAAUCGGAACAAACCGACAAUGUGUUCCUAGUUUUAAAGCCCCACUGCUUCAACUUUACCAGGAGGAUCAUCAAUGCCAUGGGAAGACUUGCCAGUACACUCUCAGCAUCUCAUUUUAUGAAGGUGGCUACUACUGGUGGGGGAGAAGUAAACCUGAGACAAGCUGGGAGCAGUUUCUUGGUUGCUCUCAUGGCCUGAUUUUAACCCCUUGCUAUAUUUUUGAUCCCACCCAAGUUUACAGUGGUAGAACGUGCAGUCUUCCUCCCUGGGAUGCUCAGGUUCCAAUCAAAACCACUGCCCUAUCUUCAUUUCUAAUGGAUCCUAAUGGCUGCAAUGUUAUGGCUAUCACAGGCUGUUCUUCUCCAGCUUUUUCUGUUUCUCGUAUCGAGUGCUGGAAGAGGAAAAGAUGGUUUUGUUUCAGGGCACUGGAGUGGUCUAAGAAGGACACCACCCUCAUUGACCCCAAUGAUUCAGAACAGCAACUCAUGAAAUUCACCAAUUUAGUUGGCUACAGUGGCAAAUUUUAUGCAUUGACUCUACAGGGAACCAUGGCAGUAAUAGAAGAAGUUGAUUCUCAGUUUCAUAUCACAAAGUUAUGCAGAAGGCGGGCUGUUCCUUCGGUACCAUCAAAGCGUUUCACCGAGUACUUACUCGAAUCCAGUGGAGAAAUCUUGUUGGUUUUCCUCAUUUGCAGAAAAUCAGUCAUGUCUGUGGAUCAUGUUGAGGUCUUCAAGCUUCAGGAUGGUCAUGAACUCUCAUGGAUAAAGUUGGAAAGCCUUGGUGAUAGAACAUUGUUUGCAGGGAUUAAUAGCUGCUUCUCAGUCACUGCAACCCAAGUGGGUUGCAGAAGAAACUGUAUUUACUUCACUCAUCUCUCAAUGGAUUCUUGGAGGCUAUAUGACAUGGAAACUGACACCAUUUUGCCUUGUUAUGACUAUAAUGGCUCUGAACUUAAAUCUCCAAAAUGGGAAGAGCCCACAGAUGGGCACUAAAAUAAUGUGAGAUGAAAUCCGUCAUCAUCAUUAACAGUCCAUUUUUCUGUUUAUUGCAAA